ACGGAUCGCGGAUUAUCAUUCUGAUUUCUUGAAUCUUGAUUUCCUAAGCCCACCCGCAGUCCGCACUAGUUGUAUAGCUUAGUGCUUUCCGUUUCUUUAAUAACGUUUGACGGUUAAGAAUUCGUAUCUGCCGACUGUCUCUAUUCGCCACUCAAAAGACGUUUCUAUUCCUGCUUCAUCCGUAAACCGAUCGUCGACAGGAAUCAUUCGCAAAGUAGGAAAAUGGAGGCCGAAGACAAUAUCCAAAAAAUGUACAAAUACUUUGGUAUACUGGCCGACGCCAAGGAAAACAUUGCCGAGAAAGAACCUGAGUAUUUGGAAAUAUUAUCAGCAGUCAAAGGGUCAACAAAAGAAAAAAGACUUGCAUCUCAAUUUAUAACCAGAUUUUUUAAAUAUUUUCCAAACCUUGCUGCUCAAGCAUUAGAGGCUCAGCUUGAUCUUUGUGAAGAUGAAGAUAUUUGUAUACGAAAACAAGCAAUUAAAGAUUUACCGGUAUUAUGUAAAGAGGCUAAAGAAUACCUGACUAAAAUAGCAGAUAUAUUGGCUCAGUUACUUCAGGCUGAUGACCCACAAGAAUUACUUGUAGCCCAGAAUUCAUUAUUAUCACUCUUUAAAAUUGAUGCUAAAGGUGCCUUAACUGGAAUAUUUAGUCAAAUGCAAUCAAACGAAGAAAUCGUAAGGGAACGUUCUAUGAAGUUUAUAUUGAAUAAAGUAAUGGCAUUGGGCAAAGAAAUAAUUAAAAGAGAUGUAGAAGAUUUAAUAAUAGCAGAAUGUAAAAAAGUUAUGCAAAAUAUAACUUGUGAAGAAUUUGAAACACUCAUGACUAUCUUAUCGUCGACUCAUCUAAUAAAUACACCAGAUGGACAAAAAGAACUUGUUGAACUUUUGGCAAGUACUGCUGAACUUGACCAGUUUUUUAAUCCUAAAGAUUUAGAUCAAGUCAAUCGGUUCAUAACUUGUCUGGAUUUUUCUAUUCCUUUUUUUUCGGCUCAUGUAGAAUCCACUAAGUUUAUUGUGUAUAUAUGUGAAUUACUGAAUCGCUAUACCCUUAUAAAAGAUAAUGAUAAACAGUUUAUCAUUUUAAAAUCAUUAGCAGAAUCUGUACCAUAUUGUGGUAAACUGAUGAAUCCCGAAGCAGUAGUUGGACAAGUGUAUCAAGCUCUAUUAGAUUUAGUUACUGUUCCUGAGAAUGAUUCCAAUAAGAAAGUUGAAGAUAUGGAUUUACAUCGCGUUGAAGCACUUUUGUAUACUUUUCACAAACUAGGAAAACAAUGUCCAGAUUUUUUGAGCAAAGACCCUGAAAGACAGAAAGAUUUUAAGAAAAAGUUAUUGUACGUUGGAACAUGUACUCAAACAUUUGUGAAAGUUGUCAGGCAAGACUUAAAAGAAAAGGGGGAAGAAGACGUAAAAAAUGAUCCAAUUGUUGAAAAAAAAUUAGAAGGAUUGAAAUUAGCUUGUAACAUAAAUACAUUGAUAAAAGAGUUAUUCAAUAUACCUCCUAGAUUUAAAGCAACUGUCAACCUAUCCUGGCUUGGUGGUGCGACUAAGUCCAAACUUGCCCAAAUCAUUCAGGAGGGUAAAAAACAUGAGCCUAUUACAGUGGAUGGAAAAUCUAAACGGAUCGAUGGCAGCAAUAAUAGCCAACAACUAUAUCAGCCUCCAAAGGAUAAAUUUAGUGCCAAAUUCUCAAAUAAUACAAAUAAUAACAAUCGCCGUGGUGGUAGUAGUACUGGCUGGAACACUAAAAGAUCAUUUGAUACAAGCAAUGGUAAUCGUCGUUCAUGGCGACCAUACUAAUAUAUAUUACGUUUCAAUCCAUUUCAAUUUUUUUUCACACCGUGUUCUUAGUACUUUUCAUAAAAUAAGUACAUUACUGACUUAAUUAUGAAAUGUUAAUAUUUUUCAUUUAUUUUUAAGCAAUUAUGCUAAUUAUAUAAUAUGAUUAGUAUUAUUGAAAUAUGUAUAUAUUCAAUUAUUUUCUGACCAAAUAUUUUGUAAAUUCACUAAGCUUAGCCACCUUGUAACAUUCUAGAUUUAUUCUUAAGAUUUAAUUACAGUUUUGGACAAAUAAUAAAAUUGGUUCUUCCUUAA